AUGGCCACGCCCGCCACCCGCCCCUCGUCCGGGCUCCUGGAUCUCAUCACCGUCUUUGACAACCUCCCCCUCGACUUUGAGCAAAACUGCCACCCCUACUACCGCCUCCUCCUGUCCCCAGACACCCGCACCCACGGCUACAUCCACCCCGACACCCUCGCCCGCAUGCCAUGGCCCUCCUCCUUCACCAUCCACCACCACCCCCAGCGCGAAGUCGUCCUCUCCCCUCCUCCAUCCGGCACAUCCCUCUCCGCCCACGCCAACGCCGCCUUCCAACAAGCCGUUGACGCCGCCAUCGCGUCCAACGCCUUCCCCCAGCUCAACGGCAUGCACAGCGAGCCCUUCCUCCUCGUCGGCGCCCGCGCCUUCGUCCAGGUCGAGCGCUUCGCCGCCUCCCUCUUCGGCAUCGGCACCCGCGGCGCCCACCUGACGGCCUACUCCUACUCCCGCGACGGCGAGCUGCGCAUCUGGGUCGCCCGCAGGAGCAAGCACCUGUACACGUACCCGGGCAUGCUGGACAGCACCGUCGCCGGCGGCGUCAAGGCGACCGACUCCCCGCUGGCCUGCAUCCUCGCCGAGUCCAUGGAGGAGGCCUCCCUGCCGGCGUCCCUCGUCGGGCCCCUCGUCCGCCCCACGGGCGUCAUCACCAUGGCGAACCGCAACCCGCGCUCCGAGCUCGUCCACUCGGAGAUCCUCUACACGUACGACCUGGAGCUGUCGGGCGAGGGCCAGCAGGUGCCGCGGCUGGGCGACGACGGCGAGGUGGACGAGUUUGUGCCGAUGAGCUGCGACGAGGUGGUGCGCAGGAUGCGGGCGGGCGAGUUCAAGACGAAUGUGUGCGCCGUCAUGAUUGACUUCUUGAUAAGGCAUGGCAGGAUUACGCCGGAGACGGAGCCGGAUUAUGUCGAGAUUUGUACGCGGCUGAGGAGGACGCUGCCGGUGCCUACGAGGUCGGAUGUCUGA